AUGAAUAAGUCAUUGGCUGAAAUGAAAAAACCGGAAACUUUAUUAGAUAGAUCUGAUCAACAAUUUGAGAAUUCCUCUGGUAAAACAUUGAUGUCGAUCAAUAAUGGACUGAAUCAUUUACUCAAAACUAAUCAUCCAUCUUCGUCAACAGUGAUAACAUCAACGUCAUCAUCAACAUCAUCAGACUGGUUAAAAUGUCAAAAUCCUACACCGACUAAAUCAAAAUCAUCAUUAUCAUCAUCAACAACACCAAUGUCAUCAUCACAUAAAUGGUUGAAUGCAAAUGAUACAAUUGAACAGAAUAAAUCGAACCGCGUUUGCAUUAAAGAUAAUGCUAAAUUAAAGGAACUUGGAAUAAGCUGUUGUAAUUAUUAUAUAUGCCAGCAAUUAGAAUUGUUGGCAUAUGAAGUGAAUAAACAAUGA